UUUCCAUAGCCGACUACUUUUGUAUAAAUUUAAUAUACCUAUAUCACUGUAUUUGAGUCGAUAACUCUUUUUUCUUCUCAGAUAUUAACAGUUUUCUCUACCUUAGUUUUUCUUCUUCUCUUAUUGAUUGUUGGCUAGUUUAGAAAAUGGUUGUACAUACGACUGAUCGUUUAAGUAAAUUACGUGCUCUCAUGAAGGAGCGCGAAUACUCUUUUUACGUGGUGCCUUCGGAAGAUGCUCAUGCUUCUGAAUACACCUCCGAGUCGGACGCCAGAAGAGCUUUUAUAAGUGGCUUUGACGGAUCGGCUGGAUGUGCUGUCAUUGGAUUGAACUCGGCAGCUCUUUUUACUGAUGGCCGUUAUUUUAAUCAAGCUUCUCAACAGCUUGAUGAGAAUUGGACUUUAAUGAAACAGGGGUUUGCUGGUGUUCCUAGUUGGCAGGAUUAUUGUGCUCAGCAAACCAAAGUCACUGAGAAGGUUGGUAUCGAUUCUAGCCUCAUCACUUUCCCUGAUGCUAGAAAAUUACGUGAAUUGCUUUAUGUACAGAAAGGAUCAUACUUAUGUGGUGAUCAUGACAACUUGGUUGACCAAGUUUGGAGUGAAUCUCGUCCUAAGCCUCCUUGUGAAAAACUCUUUGUUCAUGAUCUGAAAUUUGCAGGAAUGGAUGUUUCAGAAAAGCUUAAGCUUUUACGAGAAGCUAUGGCCAAAGCAGGCUUUCAAGCAUUUGUUGUUUCUAUGCUUGAUGAAGUAGCCUGGCUUUAUAAUAUCCGUGGAGCCGAUGUUCCUUAUAAUCCUGUUUUUUAUGCCUACUCUUUUAUCACCAUGGAUAAAGCUUACUUUUACGUAGACGAGGCCAAACUUACUCCCGAAGUAACUGCUCAUCUUAACAAGUACGUUGAGAUUCGACCUUAUUUAGAUAUUUUCAAAGAUGCGAAUGAAUGCUAUUUAAGUCAUGUUGGUGUCUCAACUAAAACUUCUUGGUUAAUAGCUACUUCCUUUGGUGAAAAAACUGUUUAUCCUAUCGUUAGCCCAAUCGCUCAAGCCAAGGGAAUUAAAAAUGACGUUGAGUUGAAGGGGAUGAAAGAUUGCCACGUUCGAGAUGGAGCUGCUUUAGUCGAGUAUUUUGCAUGGCUUGAAGAGUUUCUUCAGUCCGGAGGUAAAAUUAAUGAAUACGAUGCAGCUACAAAGCUUGAAUCAUUCAGAAGGAAGAAUGAACACUUUGUUAACUUAUCGUUUGAAACCAUUAGUUCCACUGGAUCAAACGGAGCUAUCAUUCAUUAUUCUCCCCCUGCAACUGGCAGUGCUAUAAUUGACCCUUCAAAAAUUUACCUUUGUGAUUCAGGUGCUCAAUAUAGAGACGGAACCACUGAUGUAACUAGAACAUGGCAUUUCCGUGAACCUACUGACUUUGAACGUCAAUCGGCUACAUUGGUUUUAAAAGGCCACAUUGCAAUUAUAAAUAUAGUGUUCCCUAAAGGUACUACUGGCUUUCAAAUUGAUUCCUUGGCACGUCAGCAUCUUUGGAAAUGGGGAUUAGACUAUUUGCACGGUACUGGACAUGGUGUAGGUAGUUUCCUUAACGUUCACGAACUUCCUAUUGGUAUUGGCUCCCGUGAUGUAUUUAAUACGGUCAGCUUAGCACCAGGAAUGGUUACUAGUAAUGAACCUGGAUUUUAUGAAGAUGGCCAUUUCGGGUUCCGAGUUGAAAAUUGUGUAUAUGUCACCACAGCUAAUACCAAAUAUCAAUAUGCUGCACGCGAAUAUUACGCUUUGAAGGAUCUAACUUUGGUUCCUCAUUGUAAGAAGCUUAUCGACCCUACUUUACUUUGUAAAGAAGAAAUUGAGUAUGUCAAUAAUUAUCAUGCCCACGUUUACGAUACGUUAAGUCCCAUCUUAUCGAGCUCAGCUAAAUCCUGGUUAGCAAAGGAAACAAGCCCUUUGUAAUAAAUCAGUCCUUCGUUGGGUGAACAAAUAGUACCUUUUUAAGUCGCUAGUCAAUAGUUCUCCUGUGGAAAAUAUAGUGAAAUAAAUGCAAAGUUAUUGUAUUC